AUGCCUCUCAUUACGAGUAAUCGUAGCCAAGUCGCAGAUGUCAACGACGACGAUAACGACGACGCGCGGAACAGCGCCGGAACAUUCUCGCCGUCCGGCUCAACAACGUCUUCCGCAUUACAAGCAGACGACGGAAAGGUCGCGGCGUUCUUAGCGCGAUGUGGGUUGAAGAUCUCAGCCGUCGUCGCGGUGCACGAGUUCGUGGCGGCAAGGUUCCCGGGAUACGAGGCGGCGCCGGCGCCGUUUCAGGGGUACUGCUCGUAUACGCUGCUCCUCCUGCCGCUGGACAGAAAGGGGAGACGACGGGACAGCGGGGUUGAGGCCGGUGACGGGAGCGACGGCGGCAGCGGCAGCGGCAGCGGCAGCGGCAGCGCGACGAGCGGCGAGGACGGGAAUGUCCGUGGGGGCGGCAGCCUGCUGGUACAGUUCCGGCCGAGAAGGCACGCCAUCGAUGUCGGGAUCUGCGUGGAUGCGAGGGGUGUUUUUGGCGACAGUGUCGUCCCCGGCGUCGGCGACCUGGGCGCGCUGUCGGGGUUAGAGACGACAGACGCGGGGGCCCGGAACGGCGGGGAGCUUUUCGCGUACGUGCUGGAGAGGAUGGGCGGCGUCUCGCUGACGGAGUUCCGGGCGUCGUCGGCGGCGCUCGGGGCGGACGCGCGGGCGUGCAGAAGGAGGGUUGUGGCGGACCUGGCCGUCGUAUUCGUGAACUCGUGGAGGGGACGGCGGGACAGGCGGGACAUCGUGGUCAAGGGCAAGGUCGGCGGGAGUCUGCGGUGGAGGGUGGAGGCCAUGGCGGAGGGUCUGCCGAGGGAGUUCCGAAGGGUCGCGAGGUGGGCGGCCGGGGAGCUGGCGGAGUUAGAAGACACGCUGCCGUGGGUUGUCACGCACGGGGACCUGGUGCCGGACAACAUUUUGGUGCAUCCGGCGCCGUGCGGGGAGGGCGACGACGGGGCAAGGCUGCGGAGGAUGGAGAGAGCGGGCGGACUGGUGGGGCUUAUCGACUGGGCCGAGGCCGAGUGGUUGCCGUUCGGGAUGGGUAUGUACGGCCUUGAGGAAGUCCUGGGGGAAGACGUUACCAUUCCAACCGCCGAAGAAGAAGGUGGAGGAGCAGGAGGAGGAGGAGGAGGAGGAGGAGGAGGAGGAGGAGGAGGAGGAGGAGGAGGAGGAGGAGGAGGAGGAGGAGGCGAGGACCACAAGCAGCCAGGGGUCGACGAUAGCGGGACGUCCAUCACGACAACGACCCGCUUCGAAUACUAUCCCGAGGCGAGCUCUCUGCGGACUCUGUUCUGGAACGAGGUCGGUCGGGUCGUGGGCGACGAGGAGGUCACGCGCCGGGCGAGGCGGGCGCAAGUUCUCGGCGUGCUGUUGUGGAGGGGCAUCGCGUUUGACGACGGCGCGCUCGGGAGGGUCGUCGACGCGCAGAGGGACUGGUGGGACGUGCAGAGGCUAGGGGUCUGGCUGUUUGGUAACGGAGGGCUCGGGGAGGGGGACGGCGGCGGCAGUGGCGGCGAGGAGGCGGACGGAGACGGGGAGACGAAGAAAGGGGCUUGGUUGAGGAGGGUUUGGCGGGUGAUAGGGGGAUGCUUCAAGGCUUUCUAG